AUGGAUGCUCUUGAUCUGGUGGUGACGCUGUCCACGGCAGCGUCGACAAUGACGACGACACCGACAGCCGCAGCUGCAGCCGCAGCCACCACGCAUGCCCCCUUAUCACCCAGACGCGUCAACUGUGAAGCCGUCAACCUGCCAGUUGGCGGAGUGAUCAUUAUUCCUGGCAGCGAUCCCAUUACCCUGACUGCGAGCGCCGCCUUCCGGGCACCAUGUCUCGCAACAAAUACACCCAACAUCUUUAGCAGCUCGGCCACAAACACGACCUCGGUAGGAACCAGCACAAAUACGACAACAGGUUUGUCCACCGAGGUCGACACGACUGGGCGCACUGCUGACGACGCUACCACACCCCAACUGUCUGACUUCCGGGACCCGUUCUACGCGUCCACAUUCCCGCAAUGCUACGCCCUCUCUGCGACGACUGUCAUAUCGUAUACACUCGUCAUCAUGCUCAUGGUCGCACCAAGGUCGUUUCUGGACGGAGGCGUCGUCGUGCUUGGCCGGCGCGGCUUCACCAACGGUGGUUCCGGUGGCAAGAAUAUUGGCGGGCGGCCAUGGCUGCAGAAGGUCGCCGCGCUGACCGUUGCCAUCUCGCUUACUAUCGCGACCGCGGAUACGUUCCGCGUGGCCAAGAACCAGUAUUCCUGGGGGAUCCAGAACGCCGAGGAGAUGCAAGAAGAGGUGAUGGACGGCACAGAGCUCAAGGUGAUUCGUAUCAUCUCAGACACAUUUCUGUGGCUCGCUCAGGCGCAGACUCUCAUUCGCCUCUUUCCGCGCCAGCGAGAAAAGGUUAUCAUCAAGUGGACGGCCUUCUCGUUGAUUCUCCUGGAUCUCAUAUUUGACUCCCUCAACAGCUUCCGUUACAGCUCCAGCGGCCGCACGUUUACGGAUGCCGUUCCCGCCCUCAGUUAUCUCUUUCAGCUGGCCCUGGGUGUUCUUUAUGCCGCCUGGGUGAUUUACUAUUCGUUGAUGAAGAAGCGCUACGCCUUCUACCAUCCCAAAAUGCGCAACAUAUGUCUCGUUGCUACACUGUCAUUGCUUGCUAUCCUUGUGCCUAUCGUGUUCUUUGUCCUGGACAUUUCGAAGCCCGACUUCGCAGCUUGGGGCGACUACGUGCGCUGGGUCGGUGCAGCCGCAGCCAGCGUGAUCGUAUGGGAAUGGGUUGAGCGCAUCGAGGCCCUGGAACGGGAAGAGAAGAAAGACGGAAUCCUGGGCCGAGAGGUGUUCGAUGGCGACGAGAUGCUCGACAUAAUGCCGUCUGAUUUUGCAUGGCCGCGCAGACGACGGAAAGCCAACAAAAGCUUUAAGGACGACGACGAAAGUUCUAGGGGGGGGCACGCUCUCUCCUUAAGCGCACACUCGUCAGGCCGGAAGCAGAUGUGGCCAGGCAUGACGACGUUUGCCCAUCGAUACUGGCCUCGACCACGACGGCUGGAAAGGAGUGGAGAGAACGAUGCAGGGCUACGAGAACCAACAAACGGCAGAUAUGGCGGCGACGACACCGAUGACGACGGCAACAUUGAAAACACCAAUAACGGUGCCAGCGGUGGCGGCGGUGACUCGGCAGCUACACAGCAUCUGCAGCCGCCACUAUGGCCAGCACGGCCAGCACCAGCAGCAACACCAAUCAGUCGUACGGAUACGGCCAGCGCGGACAGCACUAUAUACGUGAUGCGGUAUCACCCGGUGGCUGACGGCAAUGCAUCUCAAACAACAUCCGAAGCACAGCCAUCUUCGGGGACGUCGAUGGCGGCGGGUGUGAGGGUGCAUCCUCACAUGGCUGCUGCUCUCUCUCGUAGCUCCAGCGGCGCCAGUUCGGCGAGGCCUGAACGAGGUCCGGGGACAGCAACAUCCUCUGCCUCUUCGCAGAUCACCAGCGUUGGCAAACGAGGAUCAACAUUUGAAGUUUUGGAGGCGACAAGGACGGCGCCGUUCUCUCGAAAGCCGUGGCGAACAAUCACAAAGUCCCUCCCUUUCCACCGGGGAACAGCACCUGGACCCGAAAACAGCGAAGCUGGUACAUCCCAGUCGAGUGGGAGCACAAUUGGGGGCUCACACAAGCCAGAAGACAUUCCGCGUGAUGAGGCAGGCCGUUGGGAUAUUCGUGGGCGGCUGGAAGAAUUUGCCGUGACCCAGGCCGAAAAGCUCCGAGAGAAGAUACGGCCCAGCAUCGACACGACGGGCCUGCCAGUCAUGGUGAUUCCGGCACCAAAUCGGCAAGGGCUACUUGCCAGAGUCCUAGAGGAGGAGGAGAACAACAGCCAGCAGCAGCAGCUGUCGCCAGGGUCGGGCCAACUCCAACGAAACGAGAGCAGUGCAUCGGCGAUGCCUGGCAUCUUGAUGGGCAGCUCGGCGAGCCGCGGUACUGCGCCAGCUCUUCGGCGUAGCAGCACCAGCGAUGCAUCGGUGUCCUCUGCGAGUGCGGACUCGCCCCGUAGUGGUCCCGGACCUAUACCACAAGCCCGGUCGUCUCGUGAUGGGCCACCUACCGUUGUUGCGGCGGCUUUAUCACGUGCAAGCUCAGAUAGAGAGCCGCCGUCGCCUAAGCCUUGA